AUUUUUGCUUUGGAUCUCCGAGAGAGAGAGAGAGAGAGAGAGAGAGAGAGAGGAGUUUAGAGAGGGGGAGCGAUGAAGGAGGGGACGCCGUCGGGGGGAGGGGCGACCUCAGGGGGCAGCGACCCGCGGCAGCCGUCGACGGCGAAGCCGUACGCGCCGCCGAAGCUGUCGCCCCAGGACCUGCCCAUCGACUACGCGGGCUUCCUCGCCGUCGUCUUCGGCGUCGUCGGCGUCAUGCUACGCUACAAGGUGUGCUCGUGGAUCGCGAUCAUCUUCUGCGCGCAGUCGCUGGCGAACAUGAAGAACUUCGAGAAUGAUCUCAAGCAGCUCUCCAUGGCUUUUAUGUUUGCCAUUAUGGGUUUGGUGACUAACUAUUUUGGACCCCCUCGUCCAGGCAGUACAAAGCGCUAAUCUGCGGAUGCACACCAUGCGCUUCAUGAAAUAUCUGGUUGAAUUUUUGGUGCGUCCAUAUGCUUUGCUGGCAGUGCCCUCAUUUCGGAAUGUUCGAGUUGAGCACACAUCAAAUGUAACACAUCAGUAAAUGGACCGAUACAUGCAUGAUGGCUCAAUAAUGUAUUCGUGUGGUAUUUGUUCUGCCAGGUAUUAUCUUUCUUGUAGAUUAACUGUUAUCAACAUAUCCACCAUGUGGUCAAAGACUUUUAGUGCCUCGUAUGUUGGUCGGAUGCUCCUUGAACUUUCGGUUUA